GAGUUGGGCACCGAGGACACUCCGGGCGGGAUCACUCCCGGGAGCCUCCAUGAUGUGGGAACUGCGCUCCAUCGCCUUCACCAGGGCCGUCUUUGCGGAAUUCCUGGCCACCUUGGUCUUCGUCCUCUUCGGCCUCGGCUCUGCCCUGAACUGGCCCUCGGCGCCGGCCCCGAGCACGCUGCAGAUCGCCAUGGCCUUCGGGCUGGCCAUCGGCACGCUGGUGCAGGCGCUGGGCCACGUCAGCGGCGCCCACAUCAACCCCGCCGUCACCCUGGGCUGUCUGCUGGGCUCGCAGCUCUCCCUGCUCCGAGCCCUCUUCUACGUGGUGGCCCAGCUGCUGGGGGGAGUGGUGGGCGCCGCCAUCCUGCACCAGGUCACCCCGGCCGACUCCCGGCAGGGGCUGGCCCUCAACAAGCUGCACAAUGAGACCACGACGGGGCAGGCAGUGACGGUGGAGCUGUUCCUCACCUUCCAGCUGGUCCUGUGCGUCUUUGCUUCCACAGACGAGCGGCGUGAGGACAACCUGGGCUCCCCCGCCCUCUCCAUCGGCCUCUCCGUGGCCGUGGGGCACCUCCUCGGGAUCCGUUACACUGGCUGCUCCAUGAACCCCGCCAGGUCCUUCGCCCCCGCUGUCGUCGUCGGAGACUUCAGCGACCACUGGGUGAGAGCUCGGCUCCGGGGGUUGGGUUGGAUGAGGCCCCCAAACUGCCAAUAUUCCUCGAAACUCGCCAAGCCAGACGAACCCCCGGCAUUUCCACACCAGCUCCCAGCUGGAGGAAGGACGGAGAGAUUAGGAGCAGGAGGUGUUCUGGGUGGGGCCCCUGAUCGGGGCUGCGGCAGCUUCCAUCCUCUACAACUACGUCCUGUUCCCGCAGGCCAAAACCUUCUCGGAGCGCUUGGCCAUCCUCAAGGGCUGCGAGCCCGAACCGGACUGGGCUGAGCGCGAGGCCCGGCGGCGCCAGUCCGUGGAGCUGCACUCCCCCCAGACCCUGCCCAGGGGCAUGUCUGAGAAGGUGUAGCCAAACCUCUCCCUGGGCCGAGAGAGGAGCUGGAAACCUCUGGCACGGAUUUAGUGCUCGUCCAGGGGAGCAUCUCACCUCGCCCCUCUCUCCCUCCGUUUCUCCUGUGGCACUGAAGUCGACUCCUCUCCCGGGGAGAUGCUGUGCUGGUCCCACCCACCUCCUGUCCCCAGCUCUCCCCACGCCCGGGCGGUUCCUGAUCUGGGGGAGAGCCAGUAAAUCCCAACCCCGCAGGAGCAAGGGAUCUCUCCUCUUCCACAUCCCCCUUGCAGGACACGGAGCUUGGCUGAGCCUGUUCCCUCCCGGAGAGCUCCAAGGAGCCUGGAGAGUGUUCAUUACCCUGGGUGUGGAGGUUGCCACCCGAUGCCUCAUUGCUGCUGAACUCUGCUCCCGUCUCCGGUCCCUGCUCGGCUCUUGGCUCACACACAGGAGCAGGAGCAGGAGAGCUCAGGCCGAGCCAUGAGCGGCACACACGACAGGUUCUGCUGUGAAAGGGACCAAAGUGCCACUUCCCACCCGCCACGGGACACAGAGGUGUUCCCCCAGGGGUUUUCCUGGGAAGAUGGGAUGGGAGCGUGGCCCUGAGUCCCCGCUGGCCCCACUGGGGCACUUGCAAAUCCUCUGUCCUGUGAAAUGACAAGCCUGGGUUACAGCCCAAACUUGUACCCGCCGCACUGGGCCAGGGUUGUCCUUCCUUUGGCCCCCUGGUUUUCCUUUCUUUCGUCUGGUCCCGUUCCCCUGGGGCACUCAGGUCACCUGGAGCACACAAAGGAGAGACUUCACACCCAGCGUGUUUCAGGUGUGAAGGAUCAGAAUCAUGGAAUGGGUUGGAUGGGAAGAGAACUCAGACCCCACCCAUCCCACCCCUGCCGUGGGCAGGGACACCUCCCACUGUCCCAGGCUGCUCCAAGCCCCAUCCAGCCUGGCCUUGGACGCUUCCAGCUCCUCUGGGAAAUCCAUUCCAAGGCCUGACCCCCCUUGCAUGGAGGAAUUCCUUCUCAUCUCCAUCACCUGCUUCUUACAUCCCUUUCUCAUGCCUGCAUCACUCCAGACCCUCCAAACGCCUUCCACCCCUUCCCUCUGCCCUGUCAGGACCUGCCCACGGUCCUCAGCCUGGCCAGGGAAUUUGGGUUGGUCUUUGGGUGAACUUUGCCUGUUCAGCCAUUGAUUUAACCCCAUUUCACUUGCUCUGCCCCGAGUUCUCCGUUCCCAGAGUGAAUCCCGGCCGUGUCUCCAGCAUUGCCCCAGCAGUGUCAGCCCCACCAGGAUUUCUCUGGAAAGGCUGUUAAUGGGAAUAUUCAGUGAGAUUGGGCCCAGUUCCGAAUCAUAAGGGAUCAUUAUGGAUCAUUACGGAUCAUUUCCCUCCCUCCUGGUCUGACAGGACCCCCCCACCAAAGGAUGCUCUUCACCCUUCCCUCCAGAUCCAUCCUUGCCUUUCUCCCCGUGCUCUUCCUCAGAUGUCAGCGUGGCUGUUGCUGGAGGGAUAAGGAGGGAGCCCAGAUUUGAUCUGGCCCAGACCAGGCGUUUAUCCACAGCCAAUCCAUGCAAACACCCCCAGAGGGCUUUGCCACGGCAGCACUUCCAGCCCUGGUUUGAUCCACCCAAAAAAACAGGGAUUCUGCUUCCCUUCGCUCCUCGAUGGUGAAUUUGAAUUUUAGCUCAGAAGAGGCUUCUCAGAAAUUCCCUCUCUUCUCAGCAAUGGCAAUAAAAUCAUGUUUUAAAUCAAUCCCAGUGUCAAAUUGUAUUUCUGUUACCAAGUGCUCACUUUCAAAAGUCAUAUGGGGUGUUUGAUGCUUUUUUAAAAUGAAUCCAUGUACGUG